CGAGCGCGCUCGGCGGUCACGUGGGAGGGAGGUCGGGAAGGAAGGAGGCGCGGCCGAAGCUCCCCUGGGAGCCGCCAUUUUCCGGAGGGAAGGGGCGGGCGGCGCGCGCCCCUCGCGUGGCCCUUAAAGGGGCAGCGCCCCGCGCGCCGUGGGGGAAGCACGAGGCCCAGGCUGCGGCGGUGGCCAUGUUCCGUGCGAGCAGGAAGUGAGCGGAGCGCAGCGAUGGCAGGCAGCGAGCGGGACUACAACCUGACGGAGGAGCAGAAGGCUGUGAAGGCCAAGUACCCACCGGUCACUAAGAAGUACGAAUAUUUGGAUCACACAGCAGAUGUGCAGCUACACGCAUGGGGAGACACUUUGGAAGAAGCCUUUGAGCAGUGCGUCAUGGCCAUGUUUGGCUACAUGACUGAUACAGAGACUGUGGAACCUCUGGAUACUGUUGAAGUAGAAGCAGAAGGACAUGACAUGUUGUCCCUUCUCUUUCACUUCUUGGAUGAGUGGUUGUAUAAAUUCAGUGCUAAUGAGUUCUUUAUACCCAGGGAGGUAAAAGUGCUUUACAUUGACCGAAUGCAAUUCAAAAUAAGAUCAAUUGGGUGGGGAGAAGAGUUCUCUUUACCAAAGCACCCUCAGGGCACAGAGGUCAAAGCGAUAACUUACUCAGCAAUGCAGAUCUGUGAAGAAGAAAAGCCAGAAGUCUUCGUUAUCAUUGAUAUUUAAAGCAAGUUUAACUAACUGGAUACUUGUCAAUGGCUGGGAAAGUCCCUUCAGAACUGUAACCCCUGGGAAAGAGACUAAGGAAUUUGCUAAUUCAAAUCAUAAACUGAAGGGAGUUGUGGGGAAUGUUAUCCUGUACUUCCAUGUGAAGAUGGUGAGCCAGACCAACACCAGCCUGCCAGCACAGAACUAGUUGGGUCUGGGGGGGAUUUGAGAAGAGAGUUCUAGGGGGUGGAAGUCUCUCAGGAACACUGGUAGUUGGCUUUUAAGGCAAUUUAUGAAGUAAAUAGAGAAAUUAAUGGAGCUGCUAGCUGAAACACUACCUUUUUGAUGGGUGGCAGGAAAAUGUUGAUCUAUGUGAUUUUGUUUGAAAAUUUAAACAUAACAAUGAGCUGACAUCCCUCUUCAUGUAAUCUAAAGGAUCCAAAAUACCUGCAGCGGGUCAGAUUUAACGUAGGAAAGUUCUGUUUGAAGGACACCUAAGGAAGUAUACAAAUUAAAAAAAAAAGUCAUCCUUCUGAGAACUUUGUCGUGCCACCAGGUGGUGCUAAUUUACUAUAAAUAAAUUUCCAAAUUGCAAUCUCAAAGCACGUGGCUGUGCACAUGGAAUCCUAGUAGCACCUAUUAUUGCUGGAAAAAGAGGCAGCUUUUGUUGCCACCAAAGAAAAGAGAUUGACCAGAUUCUCUGCAGGCCCAUUCCUAACUGCGCCUUGUGAGAACUGAAUUCUUUUAGAAGAAGACAAUUUGGAUCAGCUUCCAUUUCUUCUUUCGGAAAGGACAAUUAAACAAAUGAAAGCAAUUCCCUAAGUCACGGGGCAGCAAUGCCAUUGCGAUGUGUGAGGGAAGUUCUGCCCUGCUGCGACCCCUUCUCUGUGGUAAAUCUAUGGGUGCCUCAUAUUUAUUUAUUUUUUAAGACAUUUUAGAUCAGGUUUUAAAGGGAUAAAAUAAAAUCUUUUUUAGAGUGGUUCAAUAUUGAAAUAAAGCAUUGACUGGAAGAACUUC